AUUUCUCUUAACAAUCUUAAUUAUCACGAGGCGCUAGAAUGCCGCAGCACGAUUCGCAUCACAGUGGCCAUAGUCAUAGUCGUAAGAAGAAAGAGGAGUACGUGUGGGAGUGGUUUUGGUCUUGCUGCAACUGUGGUUCUCAUGCUGGAUUGUCAACCACUAUUCUUUUGGCAUGCCCAGGGUGCGAUCACAUUCGUUGCGAAUACUGUCCUAUGGAAAGUGCGCAAAUCUUGAAAUCACAACUCGUCACGCGAAAAUGAUGCAAGAUAUCAGACAAUAUAGGUUCUGGGGCCGGCGUCACAGGAGUUCGCGGAGGGAGGAAUUUCGAGGGGGACGAUGGUCUUCACUUGUUAUAUAGCUUGAUGAGCUAUGAGCACUUCUUCUUGGCACUCGUUUCUUUCAUGCUUUUUGUUCCUUCUCGGUUUCAGCGGUCAAGUCCAUCUUAUAGACUAAACUUACAUCCUCGCGGGGCGGUACCCACUACUGUUUUGUUUGUGUUUGGCUGGUGUUGGGGGUCGACCUGAGUUUAGCGAAGCGGCAUUGCUGGCAUUGCAUUGAUGAUUUUGGAGCCUUUUUCUUAGAGUAUACGCCUCGUUUAAAUGAAUUUUUAUUUGCUACUGCCGUAUAAUUAUGACAAAAAUCCUUGUCUCCAACCAGCCAAUCAUUUCCUCAGCCCACGAAGAGAAGAGAGGUUCUCGCA